AUGCCUUUAAGAGAAGGAUACCACAAACUUGACGAGAGUCUAGUCUUGGAAAGCAAUGAACGCAGUAAGAGCCUCGAUGAGACCAUAGAAGACCUGAAAAAAAUUUCAACUAUGGAUUCUUUCUGGAACGCGUGUAACUCGGUCCAAGGUAUCAGCAUCUUAUCCAUGCCUUUGGUAACGCUCUUUGGAGGGUAUUGGUUCAUAAUUGGUAUCAUAGCUGUGGCUGUCAUCUCUAACCAUACCUCGAAGAUAUUGAUAGAAUGCCUGUACGAAGAAUUUCCUGGUAAAGGCCGUAUACGUGUGCGUAAUACGUUUGCAGACAUCGGAGACGCGUUCUGGCCCAAAUACGGAAGGCACAUGGUUGAUGUAACGAAGUUCCUUGAACUUAUAUUUAUGGCAACAAUUUAUCCUAUAGCCUGUGGAGAGGCCGUUUACUACACUUUUCCAUUUCUUCCAAUCGGAAAACAAAUUUGGAUCCUUAUUUUUGGCCUGGCUAUGUUACCAAACGUUUUUCUCAACUCAGUGAAGUUGCUUUCCAAGAUAAGUAUGGUGACCAUCUCUUUUGCCUUCGCAACAUUCGCCAUAGUAGUCGCGUACUGUCUGGGUCAAAGCGCUUCGUGGAAAUCCCAAGAUUUGCUGGUUUUCGAUCCGCUACGGUUCCCACUGUCUCUUGGUGUAGUACUGGCUGGUUACUCGUCUCAAAUCUACCUCACGGUUCUCGAGGGCAACAUGCGGCACCCAGAAAAGUUCAACAGUGUCAUAAACUUCGCUUAUCUUGCCAUGACCGUCCUCAAAAUUGCCGUGGGAAUAUUUGGUUACUUAACUUUCACAGACAGCGUCAGUGACAUGGUAUCUAACAACCUCCCCCAAGGUGCUUACCGUACCAUCGUAAACAUUGUUGUAACAGUGCUGUCCUUCAUGGGAUACUCCCUUCCCAUGUUUGCGGUAUUCGACAUGACGGAGAGAUCAGUGCCACGGUGCUUGACGGCAAGGUUUCUGAAUCAUGACGGUAGCCGACCUGGCAUGGCAUGCGUGGUUCUAUUACGGUUGACGCUGACCGCCAUUACUAUUCUCAUGGCUAUACUCGUUCCACACUUCACGUUGUUCGCAGCAUUUAUCGGCAGCGGUACGGGCACUGCCAUUGCAGUUAUCUUCCCUUGCAUUUUCUACUUGAAAAUUUUCUACUGGCAGCUCAAGUGGUACCAAGUUAUUCCAAAUGUUUUUAUCGUGUGUUUUGGAGUACUGAUGUCAGCUUGUGGGAUGAUUUCAACUGGACGAGAGCUCUUUAUAACCCUUAAACAGGACUCAGACUACUGA